UUCUUGAAAUUGAUAUGCGCUGGAACUCUACAUUAGCUAUGUUUGAAAGAUAUCUUCAUUUACAUUUAGCAAUUUCUGAAAUGUGUUCAAAAGAUUCACUAAUGCUAUCAUCUUUAGAAAAUGAGGAUUUGUUAAUUCUUAAAUCUCUUUUAAUCUUAAAAAUUGCACAACAUAUUAAUAGAACUAAAAAUCAUAGCAACGUAAUUCAAUUAAUGAAAAAAAAAUUUGAAAAGUACUGGAGUGUAAUAAUUGAUCAUAUUAUUAUUGCACAUGUACUUGAUCCACGAUAUAAAUUAGAGCAUUUAAAAGAAACUCUAAUUGAAGUUAGUAGAUAUAGUGAUACUGCUGCAGAAUCAUUUGUUGAAAAUAUUCGGCAAAAAAUUAUUUUAUAUGGAGCUAAAUAUCAAAAU